AACUAAACAACCAGCACUGCUACUACUACUUGUUAUAACUUUUCCUGUAAAGAUGAACAAAUCCUGUUGGAGAAUAGGUACCAGUAUGGAGAGAAGUAAGAUCAGUCCUACAAAGAAUGAUGGCUUGACAUGGUAUAAAGAUCUUGGCCUUCACACCUUUGGAGAGUUUUCAAUGGCAAUGAUCCAAGCCAACAGUGUGAUGGAGGAUCAGUGCCAGAUCGAAUCAGGGCCAUUGACAUUCAACAACCUUGCAGUUCAAGGCACUUUUGUUGGAGUUUACGAUGGCCAUGGAGGUCCAGAGGCUUCCAGAUUCAUUGCAGAAAACCUCUUCCCUAAUUUAAAGAAGUUUGCUUCCGAGGGUGGAGAGGUUUCAGAGGAGGUGAUCAGGAACGCAUUUGCAGAGACAGACGAAGAUUUUCUCACGGCGGUGAAGAAGCAAUGGCGCAAGAGCCCACAGAUGGCAUCAGUGGGGUCAUGUUGCUUGGUGGGAGUGAUAUGCAACGGAUUGGUGUAUAUAGCAAACGCAGGAGACUCAAGGGCUGUGUUGGGAAGAUCUGAGAGAGGUGGUGGAGUCAGAGCCGUUCAGCUAUCAGUAGAGCACAACGCCAAUGUAGAGUCUGCGAGACAAGAGCUAUGGUCAAUGCAUCCUAAUGACUCAAACAUUCUUGUGAUGAAGCACCGGAUGUGGCGUGUGAAAGGCAUCAUCCAGGUCACAAAAUCUAUAGGGGAUGCAUAUCUCAAAAGAGCAGAGUUCAACAGAGAGCCGUUGAUGCCCAAAUACAGAGUAGCAGAACAUUUCACCGAGCCAAUACUUAGUGCGGAUCCAUCAGUCACGGUUACUAGGCUUAAACCAGAAGACGAGUUCAUGAUUCUUGCUUCAGAUGGGCUUUGGGAGCAUCUUAGCAACCAGGAAGCUGUUGAUAUUGUACAUAGUUCCCCUCGCCAAGGAGUAGCACGGAGACUACUGAAAGCUGCAUUGAAGGAAGCAGCAAAGAAAAGAGAGAUGAGAUACUCAGACUUGCAAGAGAUCAAUCCUGGUGUUAGAAGGCAUUUCCAUGACGAUAUAACCGUUGUUGUGGUCUAUCUCGAUCCCCAAAUGGUCCAAGCCAAUGGCUGGGCUUCUCCACUGUCAGUAAGAGGUGGCGGCUACCCAAUGCAGUGAGCCAAAAGUUGUUGGGAAUCAAGAGCACGAACCACUAGUAGUAUAGCUAGAACAAUAUUUUAAAUUGCAAAGAUUACGUUCUUUUUUAAGAAAAGAUAAAUUCAAAUGUUAAUCCUGUGUGCAAAUUAUACAAGAGGGGCAACAUCACCAUCCAUGUCAAUGUAGUAAAAUUUAAUUUUCAGAUUACCUUUCAGAAUACUAGCGUUUAGGCACAAGCACAAUAACUGAAAAUAAGAAGCAAAACUAAACAUUACAUUCCCUUUAUAAAAGUAUUUCUGGCUGCUUGAUUCGAAAUGUAUGAACAAAGUUUUUAUCUAAAAUCUAUUACAGACGCAUAAGAAUUGUGCAGAGUAUCAGAAAGGUAGCAAAGUCGAAGUCUCACGAACAGAGAUUCUUCAGCGUCGGAGGCUCUCUUCCCUUCGACAUAGAGACCAGAGAUAUGGAAACCAACAAGUACCUCUAUAGUUCUAAUGAUGUGUCUUACAUGACAAAGGAACUCUGAAUUAGUGGCUUGACAGGUCAUAUUAUAUAUUAAUAA